AGAAAAUAAAAUAGAAACAUGACGUUUAGAAGACUCUACAGUUUCAGGUGAUUUUAUUUAAUUUUUGAAGGUUAAUUUUAUCUGCCACUGGACUGCACGACAUCCUUACAUGGUCAUGCACGGUUCGUGACUGCUAUAGACUUUCUGGUGUCAUUGCUAGUGGGGUGAGGGGAUGAGGAAUGCCUGCUUCGCUGGUCUUCCUGUGUGCCCGCAAGGUAGCGUCGGAUCACGGCUGUGCUCUGCGCUCGCUGGCUUCUCUCCCUCAGGAGCUCUACCCUGUCCUCUUCAAGGCCGCGUUCCUAGACCAACGGCCUCUAGUAAUCGGGGAGUUGGUGUUGCGCUGGCCAGAACGGGUGCUGAGUCUUACACGUAGCCUGAGGGCCUGCCAGCACUGCCGCCUGGACCUCAGCCGGGACUGGUCCAGUCGAGACUGCCUGCAGGCUGUGCUACUCGCCGUGGUCAAGGGGCUGAGGGAGAGGGACAAACGGGAGAGGAAUGCUCUACGUGUUCUGGACCUGUGUGGAGUCCAGGACGAAGGUGGCCGUCGUAUGCCCAACACCAUGGGCAGUUGGUUCAGGACAGUGGCUCUGUCCAAGGCCUGCCUGGAGGCACGGGGGAGGAGAGGGGCCAGGGAAUCCACACCCAAACGCAGACGGGGAGUCUCUUCACCUGCAGUGGAGGUUGAGGUGCGGGCGGACCUGUUUGUGAACGCCAGCUCCUUCGAGACUGUGCGACAGGCCCUGCGUGGUGGGGGUCCCCUGAGGCUGGUCUGCAGGGACCUGCGCGCCGAAGAGCUUUCCACCCAGCGCACUGCCUCGCUGCUGGACAUGCUGGAGCCCACUUCCCUGCGCAGAGUUGAUCUCAGGUACAACAACCUGGGCCUGGCUGGCAUUGCCCUGCUUCUGCCACGGCUGGCAUCCUGCCCCUCACUGCUCAGUUUGCGUCUGCUCUACAGCAACGUGGAUGUACACCGACCGACCCCUGGGAUGGAGGCAGGGCUGAGGGAGCUGGCUGGGGGGCUGGGGGGGCUGCUGAACCUGCGGGAGAUCAACCUCACCUCCCUGCGCCUCUCGGGCAAGCUGCGGCUCCUGCUGAGUGCUCUAGAGAGACCCCUGGAAGUCCUGGAGCUACCUUACUUCUCCCUGACCCCAAGCGAUCUCUCCUACCUCUCCUCCAGCCCUCAUGCUCCUGCCCUGCGCAAGCUAGACCUCAGUGGGAACAGUCUGAGUGUGGAACAGCUGCCGUCCCUCCAGAGGCUGCUGUCUGUCUCUCGCUGUCUUUCCCACCUGGUGCUCUCAGGCUGUAGCCUCACAGACUCCCUGCUGGGGGCGCUGCUUCCUUCCCUGGGUCUCUGCCGGGGCCUGCAGAGUCUGGGCCUCUCCCUGAAUCCGCUGUCCACCCGUGGGCUCCUGUCCCUGGCACACACGGCCACCGGUCUGCCCCACCUUCAGCUGCUGGUCUACCCCCAGCCCACCGACUGCUACGAGGAAGGCUUGCCCCAGCCGCCCUCCUACUACAACCUUAUGGAGUUCCCCCUAGAUCAGGGCAAGCUGGCCCGCGCCACAGAGGAGCUCAGGAUGGUGCUGGAGAGGGCAGGCAGAGCUGACCUGGUCCUCUCCACUGACCUGUACAGCCACAGCACUGCUGAGCUGCUGGAGGAGUGAGGAGUGGAGACACACAGCCAGACAGACCAGCCAGCAAGACCGCUUCAACACUGGGUCUGACACACACUCGCCUCCUUUAUACUGAUCUGUACAGCCACAGCACUGCUGAGCUGCUGAAGGGGAGGAGUGGAGACACACAACCAGACAGACCAGCCAGCAAGACCUGUAUAACACUGGGUCUGACACACACUCGCCUCCUCUAUACUGUUCUGUACAGCCACAGCACUGCUGAGCUGCUGGAGGGGAGGAGUGAGGAGUGUAGACACACAACCAGACAGACCAGCCAGCAAGACUUCUUCAACACUGGGUCUGACACACACUCACCUCCUCUGUACUGAUCUGUACGGCACUGCUGAGCUGCUGGAGGGGAGGAGUGAGGAGUGGAGACACACACUGACCUGGUCUUCUCCACUGAAGUGUAUUUCAGUACAGUAAUGAGCGUUGUGCGCAGUACAUAUUUAGAAUAAUGUGUGCGGGACGGUUAAGCAGUUACUUUCUGCAUUUUUUUUCUUUUUUUUACACUAAAGUAUGUUCCAAUUUGUUUACCUUAUUUUGUACAUCCAUUGUGAGUCUAAACCUUUAGGAGCUGUUUAACUAGUGAGAAGGUAAAACAAAAUAAAGCAAAAUAGAAAUUUACACCCAAGAAGGGUAAUUUAGGGAAAUCUAAGCUGUUUCUUAGUGAAUCUGUAAUAUUUGCCUUUGUCUUCCUUUCAGAAAAUACAACUAGAAUAAUAAUAAAAAAAACAUUACUGUAUAGAUAUCAGUAUUAAUCCCAGGACGAACAUUGGGGUUUCAAUAUUCUUUCAUAUUGAAUUAGCUGAAGGAAAAUUACAGUUACCACGUUACAAAAAACAAUAAAUAAAUAUCUUGGGAGUGAAAUAAAGUUAAGUUUGAGAACCACUGAUCUAGUGGAUACACAAAUGCAGUAUGACACGUCUUUGUGAGGACUUCUUCAAUUUAAGUUGCUAAAAUACCGUGUCCUGUAAGAUGUCUUUUUAAAUUCCUGUGUUAAGGUGCAGAGGGAUUUCUCUCAUGAGUUAUGACCAGGCUCUCCUGUUUAGUUUGACAUGUUCUACAACAAAAAAAAAACAAAGUGAAUGAACGUUACCCAGUACACUGUGACAUACAAUUAGAUUUUGUAAGAAUAUUAUAUAGUAUGUAUAUUUUGUACAUUUCAUAAAGCUAACAUAAUUUUUUUCAUCAAAAAUAAAUUUGAUAUAUUACAAUUGGUGUUGCAAUCUCAGUUUGAACAGCCAGAGUUUCUAUUUAUAAUGAUUUCAUCAUUACAUUAUACUAGCACGUGGU